AGUUACUGGAAUGGAAAUCUCUGCAACUCCUCAAUUGGGGUCUCGUUGUUCACGUUAUCGCCAAAAGCCUCAAUGUGAGCUACUCCCGUCGAUAUGAUGCGCCUCCUUCGCCCACAGCGCGUCGUCAUGGCGGUGGUGAUGGCGACGUGCGUCCUGAUGGUCUUCGCCGCCUUCAAAGUCGACACGCACGACAGCUUCAAUCCCAUCAUGUGGCGGCCGGCGUUUAUCGAGUCCGAGAGGUCCAACGUCCACGGCGUCAUGCGGAGCAAAACCCACGAGUUCCGCAUCCUCGCCAGCAUGCGCAACAAGAUGGGCUUCUUCAACGCUAUCGACGCCAAGAAGACGGGCUACGAGAUCAUGAACCCGACGCUGCUGCAGCUGCCCGAGGGGAGUCGACACGAAUUCCUCGUCAUUGCGCGCGCGUUCCACGUCGACAAGAAGAUCAACGACAAGAAGUACCGCCUCGCCCGCCAGGUCGCCUUCUUCGCCGACCUCACCUACAACCGCCACGGCAUGCCAGAGCUCACGGCCGAUACGUGGUCCAGACUUCUCGUCCAAGAGUUCAACGGCCCGGAGCACCACUGCAAGCACCAGCCCGACAUGGACAAGUACAUCGGCCCCGAGGACAUGAAGCUAUUCUGGACGCGGGCCGGCGCGCCGCUGCUCAUCUUCACGUACCAGGUCGACGACCCGAAUCUGUGCCAGGGCAUGUUCCUCAUCGACGCUCGCGCCGCCGUGCCCGAGCUGGAGCAUGCGCUGGGCAGUGAGGCCAAGCAGAUGCCGCCCGUUCAGUUCAAGGAGCCUGUGGGAUUGCGUCGCCAACCUCCCGAGGGCGAGGAGUCCCACUCCCGCUACCAGCGCGAAAAGAACUGGGCCAUGACGCAGUCGCCACUCGCCAAAGACGCCGAUGAGCUGCUUUUCAUGGUGGAGCCAGGUCAACUAUUCCGCUGGAUCUCGGACGAAGAGCCCGUCGAAGAUGUGGGCGCCGAACAAGAGUCCGCUGUCGAGGCCCCUUUUCCUCAUGACGUCAAGAUUGAAGAUACUUGGCACAGCAGGGAAAAGACGUGCAUGCAUGAUGUCAUGCUCUCUAACAACCACGUUCAUCAAUCGACGCCCAUGCUGAGCAUCACGCUGUGCAAUCGCGGCGAGUGCAAGCCGAACGCAAACAACACAGUCAUGGUUGGAAUGGUACAGCGACGCUACGAUCGCCCCGGCAACCCGUUUACGUGGUACGACCGCCAUAUCGCCGUGUACGAGGCCGUCGCGCCCUAUAGAAUGAUGAGUGUGAGCAAAAGUUUGGCCUAUUACGGCGAGGGCAACAAGUACAUCUGGACCGGGAGCAUGGUCUACGUCCACCGAAAAGACAUCAAGUAUGCCCGCGACCGCAGCCAUGGGUACCUCGACGAUGAGGUUUGGCUGAGCUUCGGCAUUGGAGACUCGAGGCCGGGCUGGUUGGACAUUGAGGCGAGGGAACUGAUAGCAGAUCAUCAUGUGUGCCAGGGUGCAACGGAAGGAUACAUGAAUUCACGGAAAGCCGUACCAAAUUAAUAGAUCAUUUACAUGCGGGCUACUAGCCAUAGAGAUAGAUUAGGUUGCACAAGCGACGUUUACAAAGUAAACACCAAUACAACAAAGCUUCCCUGCUCGGGUGUUAAA